AUGGUUUAUCUUCCACCACCUCAAUUCGCGUCGGCGUCACGUCCAUCUUAUGCCGAAGCCUACAAUGGCAUCCUCGCUGCCCACCGCCGGUCACCUCUCACAUCUGCCGCUUCGGUAAUUAUACUUGUUGCGCCAGAUGUCGACGCGCUAUGCGCAGCUCGCAUGCUAGAAGAGUUGCUCAUGCAGGACGACGUGACCCAUCGCACAAUCCCUGUCUCUGGUAUUGCAGACCUAGAACGCAUGAGAGACGAGUUGAUGUCAUAUACCGAGCUGCACACACUCAUAUUGCUCAACAUGGGCGCAAUUCUGGAUCUCCCCUCGGCCGAGUGGUUCGGCGAUUUCACGACAAAGCUCAGUGUCCACAUCAUCGACUCUAGUCGUCCACAAAAUCUCUCGAGUCUCUUUGGAGGCGGCGACAACGGAGAACGAAUAGUCGUGUGGGAUGACGGAGGUGCUGAGAAUUUGGAGGAAGAGCGAAAGGCCUGGGAGGCCCUUGCAUAUGAACCAGAGCCAGACUCAGAUGAGGACUCAGAAGACGACAGCGUGCCCGAAGAGAAUGAGGAAGAAGAUGAGGAAGAGUACGGAGGGAGCAGUUCGUCAGGUAAGCGGAGAUCGCUGGGAGAUGGCAGUCGCAGUCCCGGUAAACGUCGGAAGCGUCCACAUCGAAUAUCUCGAGAACUGCGUGAUCAAUAUCAUGCAAGACUAGACAAGCAUUACAUGACUGGUACCUGGUAUGGCCAGAGCGCUGCAUCUACCGUCUAUAUCCUUGCCACGGUUCUCGAGCGCGUCGACAACGACCUUCUGUGGUUAGCCGUAUUGGGCUUGACCUACCAGUACAGCACAUGUCGAAUAUCGCGAGACGAGUACGAGAAGUAUCAUUCAAUAUACAAUGACGAAGUCUCGCGCCUUAAUCCUCCGCCUCCAAAUAACGACACCCAGGGCUUAGCCGCGUUGAAUGCCGACGACAUGUCAUUACGUUCGACGGACGAGCUUCGCUUUGCACUGUUCCGACAUUGGACACUUUACGACGCAAUGUUCCACUCUAGCUACGUCGCGAGCAAACUGGGGAUAUGGAAAGAGCAGGGAAGAAAACGGCUCACUGGCCUCUUGGCCAAGAUGGGCUUCUCGAUACCGCAAACCCAGCAGCCGUAUUCUCACAUGGACAUGGACUUGAAACGAGAGCUGCGGACGAAGCUCGACGCCAUCGCGCCCGAAUACGGCAUGGUUGACCUCACCUACCCGUCCUUCGUUCGCUGCUACGGCUACCAUAUGCAGCCACUCUCUGCCGCCGAUGCAGUGGAGGUACUCGAAGCACUGCUUGAUGCCGCUACCGGUGUGCGAAUAGAGGUCGAGGUUGAGGGAGCGAGGAACGGCGGAGAGUGGUUCGGUGGUGGACAUGGUGAUUGGUGGGUAACGCGUAAUUUCUGGAACGCCUGGGAUGCGCUCAAUGACGUCACGCGCCUGCGGGAAGCACUCUUCCUCUCAAUGUCCAUCAACCGCGCUAUUAUCCGCACGGGGUCAUCUAUCAUCGACAAGAACGAUAUUCGGACGAUCAAAGGUCAUCGCGUUGUCCAGCUCAAACAAGGCCCCGAUCUUGUCCUAUUCACCCGCCCGGGUGUGCUCUUUCGCCUUGGCCUCUGGCUCGUGGACGCCCUCCGCGAUCGCGUCGGCGGCGUCAACAUAGGACGGCGAACCAAAAAGAAGACCUUGCCGAUUAUCCUAGCAUGUCUGAACGAACAGGCGCGGACAUAUAUCGUCGUUGGCAUCAACGCUGCGCUCGAUUUUGGAGAUGUCAAGAAAAACGAAUUCGGCCUCGCAUUUUUGGAUGCCAAAGAGGACUCGGGUGCCCGGACGAGACACAGCACUUUUGACACGAGUAUUCUCGAGGUGAAUGAGGUGGACUUCGACAAGUUCCUCGUGGAGGUUUACAGGACAAGGGACAAGUAUUGA